AUGAGUAACAUUAGUCGUUUCCAUACUCAGAACACUCAAGAAGAUGAAAAUUUUUCUUUCCUUGAAUAUUCUGGCGGUGACACUCAAGCUACUGACUACGACUACAACGACUUUUCGGUUGAUUCAACUCUUGCUUCUCAGCAAUCAAGUAAUUUACUUAAUGGUUCCCAAAAUCAAUUUGUUGAACCUGAUCUAAGUGGUGUUGUUGGAGAUGAACUAGAUUCGUUUCAGUCUCUAAACAUUAUCGAAAGAGGAUUACCUGAGCACGCUUGCAGAUAUUGUGGUAUUCACUCGGUAAAUUCCAUAGCUAGAUGUGUUACUUGUAGUAAAUGGUUUUGUAAUUCGAGAGGUAAUACAUCGGGUUCUCACAUAAUCAACCACUUAGUUCGUGCAAAACAUAAAGAAGUGGCUUUGCAUCCUGACUCGCCACUUGGAGAAACUACCUUGGAAUGUUAUAAUUGUGGUUGUAGAAAUGUGUUCUUACUUGGUUUUAUUCCUGCAAAAAGUGACACUGUAGUUGUACUUCUUUGUCGUCAACCUUGUGCUGCUAUGCCAAGUAGCAAAGAUAUGAAUUGGGAUACUUCUCAAUGGCUCCCUCUUAUCGAUGACAGAUGCUUCUUACCUUGGCUUGUAAAAGUUCCGAGUGAACAAGAACAACUUAGAGCUCGUCAGAUCACAGCUCAACAAAUAAAUAAGCUUGAAGAGUUAUGGAAAGAUAAUGCUGAAGCUACUUUAGAAGAUUUGGAGAAACCUGGUAUUGACGAUGAACCACCACCUGUUUUGUUAAGAGCAGAUCUCUUUAAUUCUUAA